AUGGUGUGGGGUUUGGGUGGGUUUGUUUUGUGGGGGUGGGGUUGGGGUUGGGGGGGGGGUGGGAUGGGUGGGGGGGGGUUGGGGUUUGGGUUUUGUGUGGUUUGUGGUGGGGGUGGGGGGUGGGUUUGGUGGGGGGGGUGGGGGUUUGUGUUGGGUGGGUGGUGGGGGGGGGUUAGUGGUUUUGUUGGGGGUGUGGGGGGGGGGGUGUGUUUGGGGGGGGUGGAGUUGGGGGGGUUUGUGGGGGGGUGGUUUGGGGUUUGUUUUGGGGGUGUGGGUUUUGGGGGGUGGUUUGUGGGGUGGGGUUUUUGUGGUUUUUUUGUUGUGUUGUGGUGGGGGGGGGGGGGUGGGGGGGGGGUGGGGUGGGGGUUUGUUGUGUUGGUGGUGGGGGGUUUGUUUUGGGGGGGGGUUGGAUGGGAUGGGGUUGUUGGGGGGGGUGGUGUUGUUGGUUUGUGGGGAUGGGGGGGGGUUGUUUUGGGGUGUGGGGGGGUUGGGUUUGGUUGGGUAGGGGUGUGUGGUUUAGGUGUAGGGGGGGGGGUUUUGGGGUUGGGUGUGUGUAUGGGAGUUGUUGGGGGUGUUUGUUGUUGGGGUGGGUUGGUGAUUGGGGUUGAUAAUGUUAGAGAUUUAUGGGGGGGGGGGUGGUGGGUGGUUUUUGUUGUGUGUUGUGGGGUGGGGGGGGGGGGGAGGUGGGUUGGGUGGUGGGUGUGGGUUGGGGGUGGUGGGGGGGUUGUUUGGGUGUUGGUGGGGUGUGGGGGGUGGGUGGGUGGGGGGGGGUGGGUGUGGGGUGGUGGGGGGGUGGUGUGGGGGUGGGGGGUGUGUGUGGUGGUGUGGUUUUGGUGUGGGGGUUGGUGGGGUUUGGGGGGGUGGGUGGGUUGGGGUGGGGGGGGGGGUGUGGUGGGUUUUGGGGGUUGUGUUGGGGGGGGGGGAGGGGGGGGGUGGGGGGGUGUGGGGUGGUUUUGGUGUUUUUUGUGGGGUUGGGGGGGUGUGGGGGUUGUGGUGGGUUUGUGUGGUGAUGUGUGUGAUUGGGGUGGUGGUUGUGUUGUUGGGGGGGGUGGUGGGUGGGGUGGGUGGGGUGUGGGUGGGGUUGGGGUGGGGGGGUGUGGGGGGGGGGUGGGGGGGGGGGGGGGUGGUGGUGGGGGGUGGGGGUGGGGUGUGGGUAUGGUGGGGGGGGGGGGGGGGGGUGGGGGGUGGGGGGGGGGGGGGGGGGGGUGUGGGUUUGUGGGGUGGGGGGGUGUGUGGUGGUGGGGGUGGGGGGUUUGUGUGGGGUGGGGUGGGGUGUGGUGGUUGGGUGGUGUUGGGGGGUGUGGGGGGUGUGGUGUGGUUGUGUUUUGGGGGUUGGUUGUGGGUUGUGGGGGGGGUGGGUGUUUGUGUUGUGGGGGGGGGUGGGGGUUUGGGGGGGGUGGGGGGGGGGGGGGUGGUUGGUUGUGGUGGGGGGGGUGGGGGGGGGAUGGGGGUGGGGUUUUGUUUGGGGGAGGGUGGGGGGGGGGUGGGGGGGGGUGGGGUGGGGGGGUGGGGUGGUGUGGGGGGGUUGUUGGUGGGGGGGGGGGGGGUGGGGUUUGGGGGGGGGGGGGGGUGGGGUGGGGGGGGGGGGGGGGGGUUUGGGGAGUGGGGGGUGUGUUUUGGGGUGGUUGGUGGGGGGGUGUUGGGGGGGGGGUGUUGUGUGGAGGGGUUGUGGAGGGUGGGUGGGGGGGGGGGUGGGGGGGGGGGGGGUGUGGUGGGGGGGGGGGGGGGGGGGGUGGGGGGGGGUGGGGGGGGGGGGGUGUGUGGGUUGGGGGGGGGGUGUGGUGGGGGGGGGGGGGGUUGGGUGGUUUUGGGGGGGGGGGGUGGUGUGUGUGUGUGUGGUUGUGGUGGGGGGGUGGUUGGGGGGGUGUUGGUUUGUUGGGGUGGGGGGGGGGGGGGUGGGUGGGGUGGGGUGGGGGGGGGUUUGGGGGGGGUGUAGUUGAUGAGGUGUGGUUGUUUGGGGGGGUGUUGGAUGGGGGGGGGGGGGUUUUUGUGGGUUGUUGGGUGGGGGGGUGUGGGUGGGUAGGGGGUGGUGUUUUGUUUGGGGUUUUGGUUGGGGUUGGGGGGGGGGGUGGGUGUGGGUGUGUGGAUUUUUGGUUGGGUUGUGUUUGGGGUGGUUUGUUUGUGUGGGGUGGUUUGGGGGGGUUGUGGUUGGGGGGUGUGGGUGGGUGGGGGGGGGGGGGGGGUUGGGGGGGAGUUUGUUUGGUGGUGGUUUGGGGGGGGGUUGGGGGUGGGGGGGGGGGGGUGGUGGGUGGUGUGGGUAGGUUUGGGUGGGUUUUUGGGGGGUGGUGGGUGUGGGGGGGGUGGGGGGUGGGGGGGGGGGUGGUUGGGGGGGGUGGUGGGGUGGUGGUGGGGGGGGUUGUUGUUUGUUGUUGGUGUGUUUUGAUGUGUGGGGUGUUGUUUUAUUAUUGUUGUUGGGGGUUGGGGUGUGGUGUGGGUUGUUGGGGGGGGGUGUGGGGGGGGGGGGGUUGGGGGGGGUGGGGGUGUUGUUGUGGUGUGUUGGUGGGGGUGGGUUGUGGUGGUUGUGGUGGUGGUAGGGGGGGUUGGUGGGGGUUGGGGGGUGGGUAUGUGGGGGGGGGGGGGUUGGUUGGGGGGGGUGGGUGGUGGUGGGGUUGGGUGUGUGUGUGGGGGGGGUUUUUGGUUGGUGGGUUGUGUGGGGGGGUGGUGGGUUGUUUUGGUGUUGGUUUUGUGAGGGUGUGUGGGGGGGUGGUGGGUUUGGUGGUUGGGGGGUUUGUGUAUGGUGGGGGGGGUGUUGGGGGGGGGGGGUGGGGGGGGUGGGGGGUGGUGGGGUUGGGUGUGUUGUGGGGGGGGGGGGGUGGUGGGGGGUGGGUGUGGGGGUUUGGGGGGUGGGUGUUGUGGGGGGGGGGGUGGGGUUUGGUGGUGUUGUGGGGGGGGGGGGGUUUUGGGUUGGUGGGUUGGAGGGUUUUGGGUAGUGGGUGGUGGUUGGGGGUGUGGGUGUUGAGUGGGUGUGGUGAUAUGGGGGGGGUGGGGGGGGGGGUAGGGGGGUGGGUAGGGGGGGGGGGGGGGGAGGAAGGGGUGGUUUGGGGAUUUGGUGGUAGAUAUGGGGGGGGGGGGGGAUGGUUGUUGGGUGAGGGGGGGGGGUGUGUGGAAUUUGGGUUAUAUGUUGGGGGGGGUGGAUGGGGGGGGGGGUUGGGGGGGGGGGGUGUUGGGUGGGUAUUAGUGGUAUGGGGUGGGGUGUGGGGGGGGGGUGGUUUGGUUGGGGUGUUAUAG